GUCAGUCUUUACUUACCAAUGUUGAGGAGUAGCACUACAGUGUGCAUUUUGUUCUCGAGAGCGCUCGAUUUCCCAUGGCUUCUACAUGGGCUAUUGGAUCCUGGCUGCCACUGACCAUCCUCCUCCUAUGUAUCAGCAUAGCUGAUCAUCAGAUGACAAAAGUCAAUGCCCAAGACACAAGUGUCAACCAGGAAGUCACAACAAACCAAGCCCAAACCCAAUUCAAAACAGUUGAAAAAGAUACCAUAGCAAACAAUCAAUUCAGAGCAACUGAAGAAGAUACAACAAUGGACUCUCAAUUCACAACUGCUGUUGAAGACACAACAAUGGACUCUCAAUUCACAACUUCUGUUGAAGACACAACAAUGGACCCUCAAUUUACAACUGCUGUUGAAGACACAACAAUGGACUCUCAAAUUACAACAGCUGUUGAAGACACAACAGUGGACUCUCAAUUCACAACAACUGAGAGUGACUCUCAAUUCACAACAGCAGAAGAAGACACAACAAUGGACCCUCAAUUCACAACUGCUGUUGAAGACACAACAAUGGACUCUCAAUUCACAACUGCAGAAGAAGGCACAACAGUGGACUCUCAAUUCACAACAGCUGAACCCCAAGACACAACAAUGGACUCUCAAUUCACAACUGCUGUUGAAGACACAACAAUGGACUCUCAAUUCACAACUGCUGUUGAAGACACAACAAUGGACUCUCAAUUCACAACUGCUGUUGAAGACACAACAAUGGACUCUCAAUUCACAACUGCUGUUGAAGACACAACAGUGGACUCUCAAUUCACAACAGUUGAACCCCAAGACACAACAAUGGACUCUCAAUUCACAACAGCCGAAGAAGACACAACAGUGGACUCUCAAUUCACAACAGUUGAACCCCAAGACACAACAAUGGACUCUCAAUUCACAACUGCUGUUGAAGACACAACAAUGGACUCUCAAUUCACAACAGCUGUUGAAGACACAACAGUGGACUCUCAAUUCACACCAACUGAACCACAAGACACAACAAUGGACUCUCAAUUCACAACUGCUGCUGAAGACACAACAAUGGACUCUCAAAUUACAACAGCUGUUGAAGAAACAACAGUGGACUCUGAAUUCACAACAGCUGAACCACAAGACACAACAAUGGACUCUCAAUUCACAACAGCAGAAGAAGACACAACAAUGGACACUCAAUUCACAACUGCUGUUGAAGACACAACAAUGGACUCUCAAUUCACAACAGCCGAAAAAGAUACAACAAUGGACUCUCAAUUCACAACAGCUGAACCCCAAGACACAACAAUGGACUCUCAAUUUACAACAGCUGUUGAAGACACAACAGUGGACUCUCAAUUCACAACAACUGAACCCCAAGACACAACAAUGGACUCUCAAAUUACAACAGCUGUUGAAGACACAACAAUAGACUCUCAAUUCACAACUUCUGUUGAAGACACAACAAUGGACUCUCAAUUCACAACUGCUGUUGAAGACACAACAAUGGACUCUCAAAUUACAACAGCUGUUGAAGACACAACAGUGGACUCUCAAUUCACAACAACUGAGAGUGACUCUCAAUUCACAACAGCAGAAGAAGACAUAACAAUGGGCUCUCAAUUCACAACAGUCGAACCCCAAGACACAACAAUGGACCCUCAAUUCACAACUGCUGUUGAAGACACAACAAUGGACUCUCAAUUCACAACUGCAGAAGAAAGCACAACAGUGGACUCUCAAUUCACAACAGCUGAAGAAGACACAACAGUGGACUCUCAAUUCACAACAGCCGAAGAAGACACAACAGUGGACUCUCAAUUCACAACAGUUGUACCCCAAGACACAACAAUGGACUCUCAAUUCACAACUGCUGUUGAAGACACAACAAUGGACUCUCAAUUCACAACUUUGAAGACCAACAAGAUCAUUCACAAUCUGUGA